AUGAUAAAGCCUAUUCAAAAGCUUAAAUUGCGGAAGGACAUCGUGCCGAUCGAGGGCGCCAAUGUGAAUCGUUUCACCCAUUCUCUCUAUUGGAUGGCGUAUCGGCACUCGUCGAUCGGUUUUCGCCAUUUCAUGAUGCUCAUUUUGAUGACAGCGUUGACAAUCGGCGGUGGAUAUGUGUUUUUGCUGAUUGAGCGACCGGCAGAGUUAGAGCUACAAAACAAGUACAUGGACCAGUUGCAAGCCGAGAUAAAAGCUCAAAGUCAACAAAUCGUCGAGGAUUUCAAGAAAAAUCAGCAACCACUAAACAAGGAGAUUUUGAAGGAAAAAUUGAGGGUUGUUUACAAAAAGUUGCUGAGUGCUGAAAGGAGAUAUGAGAAAUCGGCUUAUUUUAAGAAUGAGACGCCGAACAAUAUGGCGUGGAAAGACUACGCGGCGUCGGUUUUCUUCUGCACAAACGCGUUUAUGACGGUUGAUUACGGUACCGUACCAGCGAUCUCCGACCUCGGCCGAGCUCUCACGAUCAUUUUCUCGAUUGUCGGCAUUCCAUUGGCCAUUGUUGUGACUCGUGACUUGGGACAAGCGGUUCUUUAUCAAAUUACAAAACUCUACUCGCAUUGCAAGUCGUGUAGAAACAAGAAAAAUGGCAAUCUAGAGGACACGGUCGCUCUCAGCCCGAUCGUCGCUAUUGUUUUAUUGUUCGCUUCUUGGUUCCUUUGUGCCUGGUUCACGUAUUGGUAUGAUGGUCUAUUCGGCGAUAACUCGAUCACAUACUGGGGAUCGAUCUAUCUCUCGUACUUGACGGUGACAACAAUUGGAAUGGGAGAUCUCUUGCCGACAUAUACUGCGCGUGAUCCCGUCUGGAAAUUCUUCCACUUCUUCGUCGGGAUGCCAUUCAGAAUUGUUAACCGAUGCACUUAUGUGGGCAUUGAAAAGAGUGUCUUCGGAGUGUUCAAACGAUUUGAGAAAACCACCGAUUCUCUCUUCCACAAGCGUUUGGCCAGUGUCACGCCGAGCCCACCUUCAUCAGAAGAUGGCGAUCGCGCCUCACCCACAAUGGACGUUUUUGGUGGCGACUUUGGCCGUGUUAAAAUCCCUAUCACCCAAUUGGAA